AUGAGUGAAUUAAGAGGACCCAGGGCUUUGGAAAUGUGGGCCAGGCGUUGUUGUUCUGGUUACAAUGAUGUAGCCAUAACAGAUAUGACAACUGCUUGGAGAUCUGGAUUGGCUUUUUGUGCAAUUAUCCAUAGACACAGACCAGACCUCAUCGACUAUGAAUCUCUGUCGCCCAAGGAUCCCUUGAAGAAUUUACGACUCGCCUUCGACAUUGCCGAGAGAUGUUUGGGUGUUCCUGCUUUAUUGGAUGCUGAAGAUGUGAUGACUUCACCAGACAGACUUUGUGUAUUGACCUACCUUGCUCAGUUUUAUUCAGUUUUUAACAACAAAGACAAUAAAGACGGUUCUAAAAACGGUGGUGCUAUCGGAAGUGUUGCAGGCAACAAAGCCAAAGUUUCAAAUGCAGUAUCAACCAAUUCGCCAGUCAAGGAAGCAGUUAAAGCUAAUUCUAACAAGGAACAAGAUUCAAACUCUGCAAAUAUCGAUGUUACCGUUGGCCUGUACAAACCUGAGAUAUUCUGCUGA